AACAGUAUGAUGUUUCCAACAUUUUGAACACUAAACAUAAAAAAUGCCAACAUAUUUUAGUCUGGGGACUUCAGGGAAAAAUCAUUUUGAUAUCAGAGUUCCCAAUUACACAUAGGCUACAUUUGAAAUGUAUUGGGGCCCAUAGAAGACCAGUAGCACCACCAUGACCAAGAAGCCUUCCAAUAAAAAUAUUUUCCCAAUUAAAAUGGUAUUUUAAUACACAUACUGAUUGCUAAAAACAACUUACUAACUUACUGACGGCCAACAAUUUCCAAUGUUGUAGGGUACUCUGUAAAUAAUGUCACUUUUUGCAACAUAGAUAGCCCAAGGCAUGCGAGGAAAAGAAAGACGUGAAUAAAGGUGUGAAUACUCUUCGUCGUGACCAUUUCAACUUCCAAGAACUGCUGGUCUACUACUCCACAUUUUCUUUAACUACUCACACAGCGUAGGCGCUCCGCUACUGUAAGAAACGACUGUGUGGGUGCUCUGCAAACAGCGACCAGGACGACCUUAAAUAAGGGGCUGGACUCAGUAGGUACAGCAGAACCCGCUGCCUCCCUUCAGUGAUGCGGUGAAACUGCGCUGCGUUUUGUCCGCUAUAUAAACCGCACACAGACAGCAGAGCUCACAGCUUCAGUGGACAGCUCCGUAGUGCUGAAACCUCACACUUUCUCCACACAUUCACUCACCGAGCCGCGGUGCAUGACUGGAAACAUGGACGGAUUCUCGUGGAAACUUUUUUUACUUUCUUGCCUGGUUGUUGUGGAGAGCUCGGCGCAAGACUUCGGACAGACGCAGUUUAUUUGCACGUCGGUGCCCAAGGAUAUGGACUUGUGCACGGCAACGAUGCAGAACAGCGGGCCGGCAGAGGAUCUGAAAACCACGGUCAUGCAGCUGCGGGAGACCGUGCUGCAGCAGAAGGAGACAAUAAUGAACCAAAAGGAGACAAUCAGGGAACUAACAUCCAAGUUGAGCCGCUGCGAGAGCCAGAGCCUCCCGGCGGCGGGACCCGGUGGGAGACGGCCGGGGUCAAAGAACACGAUGGGGGAUGUAUCCCGUGGCACUACGGAAACUCUGGCCCAGCUGGGUCAGACUUUGCAGACCUUAAAACAGAGACUGGAGAACCUCGAGCAGUACAGCCGAGGCAACAACACAGUGCAGGCAAACAGCCUGAAAGAUCUGCUGCAAAACAAGAUAGAUGACAUGGAGAAGCAGGUCCUAUCCCGGGUCAACACUAUAGAGGAGUCCAAACCGGGCUCCAGGAACGACACCGAUCAGCGGAACAGAGUGGAGUCCACGCUCACCUCUCUGCACCAUCGCAUUACAGACCUGGAGAAAGGUAAAGAAACCAGGCCAACAGACAAAUUCCAGCUCACUUUCCCCCUGAGAACCAAUUACAUGUAUGCCAAAGCCAAGAGGAGCCUCCCUGAGAUGUAUUCGUUCAGCGUGUGUCUAUGGAUCAAGUCCAAUGCCUCACCUGGCGUGGGUACGCCCUUCUCCUACGCUGUCCCGGGCCAGUCCAAUGAGCUGGUGCUGAUUGAGUGGGGCAACAACCCCAUGGAGAUUCUCAUCAAUGACAAGGUUGCAAAGCUGCCGUUCCUCAUCAAUGACGGGAAAUGGCAUCACCUGUGUAUCACAUGGACCACCCGUGACGGGAUGUGGGAAGCCUUCCAGGAUGGAGUGAUGCGGGGCAGUGGGGAGAAUCUGGCACCGUACCACCCCAUCAAACCAGAGGGAGUGCUGGUCCUGGGACAAGAGCAGGACACUCUGGGAGGAGGCUUCGAUGCAACACAAGCUUACGUUGGAGAAUUAGCAAACUUAAAUAUCUGGAAUAGGAAACUUUCUAUUGCAGAGAUCUACAACUUGGCCACAUGCAACAGCAAAGCACCGGCUGGCAAUGUCUUCUCCUGGACGGAGAGCAACAUCGAAAUAUUUGGUGGAGCGACCAAAUGGACAUUCGAACCUUGCCGUUCCCACAACUGAACUGCAUCAAGAGAGGCCUCUCUGUAUUUCUGAGCUUUUGUCGUUCUUGUCUUCAUUUGACGUUUGUUAGAGACUAUUUGAGUUAUUGGUAAGCUUCAAUCUGGGAUUUCUAUCAUUCUUAGGUGUUAAUGUGCAAAACAACACUUUUCAUCUCGAGGGAAAAAAAAAUCGUCUGGGAAACCUCAGUGAGAAAGUAUUGGUAUCUGUUUCCCCCUUUUCUUUCUUGGACGUUCUGUUGAAAGCACACCUAAGCUUUUCAUUUGGCUUAUUUCGUCUUGGACUGGCAGCUUGCAAUCUGCGCCUUAUGUUUCGACAAUUCACAAUCCAAGAGAGGAAUUACAUAACUAUUCCCGCCCCCUUUCCCUCCGGAGUGUGGGAGAUUACACUGUCCAUCCAAUUUUUGUCAGUAUUUGGCGCUGUAAAGUGAUGUCUGAAGUGGUACAGCUUCCUGAGGUCCCCCCCACCAACACCUCACACACAAACACACACACACACACACCACCCUUCCUCCUCUUCCUUCUCCUCCUCCUCCUUCAUUCUUCCCCUCCCCUCCGGAACUUGCACUGUGACUGACGAAGAGAUCGCCAGGAGAGGAGGGUACGUUGAAGGACACUGCAAAGUCAGACUGUGGUACAAGCCAAUUUGUUAUUGUCGUUUGCUUCAAGUGUUUCUGUAAGAAUGUCGUUAACUUGCCAACAUUGCUACAAAGCCUGGGUGCCUUGGGCUGGUACAAAUAUUCAGCACAUUCAGUACGUUAUAAGUUGCAACUUCAAUGUUUAUUGGUUUUUGUUUUUCUUUCUGAGCUGGGUUGAGUUUUCUUGUUUCUCUGGUAAAUGUACUUUAAUUACAGUUUGUUAUCUGACAUGACGUGUUUUGGCAGGUGUUUGUACUACUCUGUAUUAGGAAUGUUACAGUAUUUGUAUAGUAACAGCAUGAAUGACAGAGUGCUGUGAAAGCAUUGUUGAAAUCUGCUUUACUAUCUUCUCUGGGUCUGGGUUUUUUACUGUAUUGUUAUAUGCUCCAAGCAUGGCAAAACUGAGAGAUGAAGAAUUUAAUUUUUGUAAUAAAAUUGUGAUACUUAAUGUCA